AUGUUCAAUUUUUUCAAGAAGCUCAACUUACAAAGUAAACCGAAGACAAAAAUUGCUCCCGUAGUUCCGGAGGGGAUGAUUGCCGCUCCUGAGAUAGUCGGAGUAUCUUUGUAUACCGAAUACCCCAAAGUGUCAUUCGACUUCACAAACGAUUUGAUGAACGGGUUAGAAGCAAUGAUGGAUUACUCUCCUGAAGCUUCACUAUUGGCAAUUAAACGAGCAGAGACGAUGGAUCAAAGUUUGAAGAGAAUGGAGUUCCUAGCAAAUGGCCUUGAAAAGUACCUCAACGAAAUGGUCAUGAUCGCACAAACACCAAAACCUUCAAUUAAAGAGACAACAACACCGUUUAAGAGACAACGGACAAUGGAAAACCUCAUCAUCUCGCAGGUGAAUACCGCAGAACCGAAUAAUUAA